AUGGCAAGGAAGCUCAGUACAUUGGAAGUCCUUCUGUUCGUCUUCUUCAUAAUUGUAUUGGCUGUAGAUAUCCUCUUGCUGCUGCUUGUGUUGGAGAAACCUUCAGAUUCUUCAUUUAUUCCAGUGUGCCCAGCGAUCUCUCAGUCAGAAAGGAUAGACUGCGCACCUGGACAGGCGGUGACAGAGGAUACUUGCAGAUGGCAAUAUAAAUGCUGCUGGAAUUCUGCAGCAGAGACCAAUGUCCCUAGGUGCUUCUUCCCCAGAAACUGGGGCUAUGAAGUCAUCAGGGCCCAAACAAAUACAAGCACAGGGUUUACUGCCCAGUUGAGAAAGUUGUCAUCCCCAUCUCUGUUUGGAGAUGAUGUCACCAAUGCCCUCCUCACAGCUGAAUUUCAGACAGCCAAUCGUUUUCGUUUUAAGAUAACUGAUUUCAAUGCAAUCCGCUAUGAAGUCCCUUCUGAAAACAUCAAUUUACUUAAUGACACUGCUGAUAUCUCCAGUUUGAGCUACCAUGUAGAAGUCACUGAUAAUCCCUUUAGCAUCAGAAUAAUGAGGAAGAACAACAAAAGAGUCCUGUUGGACACAAGCAUUGGGCCCCUCCAGUUUGCCCAGCAGUUCCUACAGCUGUCUUUCCGACUUCCCAGCACCAAUGUGUAUGGGCUGGGGGAGCACGUGCAUCAACAGUACCGCCACGACAUGGCCUGGAAGACCUGGCCCAUCUUUACCCGGGAUGCCGCCCCCACUGCGGGCCUGAUUAACCUAUAUGGAGCACAUACAUUCUUCUUGUGCCUUGAAGACACCAGUGGUUCCUCUUUUGGAGUUUUUCUGAUGAACAGUAAUGCCAUGGAGGUCGCUCUUCAGCCUGCUCCUGCAGUCACUUACCGCACAAUUGGGGGCAUUCUUGACUUCUACGUGUUCCUGGGAAACACUCCAGAGCAAGUGGUUCAGGAAUACCUGGAGCUUGUUGGACGACCAUUCUUGCCUUCCUACUGGAAUCUUGGGUUCCAGUUAAGUCGCAGGGAUUAUGGUGGCAUCAAUGGGUUGGAAGAGGUUGUAAACCGAACUCGUGAAGCUGGGAUCCCGUAUGAUGUCCAGUACUCUGAUAUAGACUACAUGGAUGGAAAGAAGGAUUUCACUAUUGAUGAAAAGGCUUACCCUGAUCUCUCAGGUUUUGUCAAGAAGUUACAUGACGAUGGCCAAAAAUAUAUAAUUAUUAUGAAUCCUGGUAUCCUGAAAGAUCCUAACUACAAUACAUAUAAAGAUGGAAGACUAAAGAGAGUAUGGAUCUUGGAGAACAAUGACUUCGCUGUUGGGGAGGGAUACCCUGGUCCAACUGUCUUUCCUGACUUCAGCAAUCCAGUGUGUACCCAGUGGUGGACGCAACAGGUCACUGAAUUUCACAGCAGUCUGAACUUUGAUGGAGUGUGGAUUGAAAUGGAUGAAGUAACUAGCUUUCUCCAAGAUUCUGGUCAUUCGUGUGAAUCAAAUAGCUUGAACUUCCCACCUUUUACUCCUGGCAUUCUAGACCACUUACUGUUUGCAAGAACUCUCUGCAUGGACACAGAGUUUUACUGGGGCCUUCACUAUGACGUCCACAGCUUGUAUGGCCACUCCAUGGCAAGAGCCACACACUCGGCCAUGGAGACUAUCUUCUCCAAUAACAGGAGCUUCAUCUUAUCCCGUUCUACUUUCGCUGGAUCUGGUAAAUUUGCUGCUCAUUGGCUGGGGGACAAUGCGGCUACAUGGGAUGAUCUCCGAUGGUCCAUCCCUGGUAUCCUUGAAUUCAACCUGUUUGGCAUCCCCAUGGUAGGUGCCAACAUCUGUGGUUAUAAAGAAAACGUCACAGAGGAGCUCUGCAGAAGGUGGAUGCAACUUGGAGCAUUUUAUCCACUAUCAAGGAAUCACAAUGGGCCUGGGUUCAGGGACCAGGAUCCUGCUGCCUUUGGUUCUGAGUCCCUGCUGCUGAAUUCCUCCAGACAUUAUCUGAACAUCCGAUACACUCUGCUGCCCUAUCUCUACACCCUCUUCUACCGCGCUCACACCCAGGGGCAGACAGUAGCAAGGCCCCUGUUACAUGAGUUCUACCAGGACCCAGCCACGUGGGAAGUGCAUGAGCAGUUCUUGUGGGGGCCUGGACUCCUCAUCACACCUGUCCUGUAUGAAGGUGCAGACCAAGUAAGAGCAUACAUUCCAGAUGCCACCUGGUAUGACUACGAGACAGGAGAUGCCAUCCAGUGGAGAAAGCAAUUUGUGGAUAUGCUACUCCCAGGUGACAGAAUUGGGCUUCACCUUCGAGGAGGCUACAUAUUUCCCAUCCAGCAGCCGAACACAACCACAGAAACCAGCCGGAAGAAUUCCCUGGGACUCAUUGUCGCCUUGGACUAUAAGAGAGAAGCCAAGGGAGAGCUGUACUGGGAUGACGGUGUGACUAAAGAUGCUGUAACUAAUAAUAUGUAUAUUCUGUAUGAUUUCUCUGUUACUUCUAACCGUCUACAGGCAAAGAUUAUACAUAAUGGUUAUGUGGACCCGGACAACCUCAUGUUUACAGAUAUCAGAAUCUUGGGAAUGGACAAAGAGCCAAGUAAUUUUAUUGUGUCUUUAAAUAAUGUCGCCACCUCCAUUUCAAGUGUUGUCUACAGUGCUUCAACAAAGGUGGUGACCAUCACUGAUCUCAAGGGACUGGUUCUGGGACAAGAAUUCUCUAUACAGUGGGAUCUUGUAGUCAAUGAUCUGGAGAAGUUCAACUGCUAUCCUGAGGAUCCUACUGCCUCUGAGGAGAGUUGCAGACAGCGGGGAUGCCUUUGGGAGCCCACAGCUACUCCUGGUGUGCCCACCUGUUACUAUGACACCAUCCCUAACUAUGCUGCCAGUAACAUUCAGUACCUGCCCACGGGCAUCACCACCGACCUUACCCUCCUGGCGGUCCCUGCAUCUACCCGGGCAGCGGCAUCUCCACCAUCACCAGCAGCAGCCACUGUCUCUAAUCGUUUCUCUGAAAAGAUCAGCCUCCUCAGACUGAGUGUGACCUACCAUACAGAGAGCAUGCUGCAGAUAAAGAUCUAUGAUCCCACUAAUAAAAGGUACGAGGUCCCGGUACCACUGAACACACCACGUUCACCGCUUGUCUCCCCUGAAAACUGCCUGUAUGAAGUCAGGGUUCAGAACAAUCCCCCUGGAAUCCAGAUUCGACGCAAAAGUUCCCAAACUGUGAUUUGGGAUUCUCAACUCCCGGGCUUCACCUUCAACGACAUGUUCCUUUCCAUUUCUACUCGCCUCCCUUCUCAGUACAUCUAUGGUUUUGGGGAAACUGAGCACAUGACUUUCAGAAGAAACAUGAACUGGACAACCUGGGGAAUAUUUGCUCGGGAUGAGCCACCAGCGUAUAAGAAAAAUUCCUAUGGUGUUCACCCCUACUAUAUGGCCUUGGAAGAAGAUGGGAAUGCCCAUGGAGUGCUCCUGUUGAACAGCAAUGCCAUGGAUAUGACUCUGCAGCCCACUCCUGCCCUGACAUACCGCACUGUAGGAGGGAUUUUGGACUUUUAUUUAGUUUUGGGGCCAACCCCCGAACUGGUAACUCAGCAAUACACUGAGUUGAUUGGUCGGCCAGCAAUGACUCCAUAUUGGGCUCUGGGAUUCCAGCUGAGUCGCUAUGGAUACCAGAAUGAUUCUGAAAUCGCCAGUCUGCAUGAUGCAAUGGUGGCAGCCCAGAUCCCCUAUGACGUCCAGCAUGUGGACAUCGAUUACAUGGACCGGAAGCUGGACUUCACCCUCAGCCCCAGCUUUCAAAACCUCGGUGUCCUGAUAGAGCAAAUGAAGAAGAAUGGCACCAGAUUUAUUCUCAUUCUGGACCCAGCCAUUUCUGGCAAUGAGACACAGUAUCUCACCUUCACCAGAGGACAGGAAGACAACGUGUUCAUCAAAUGGCCCGACACCAAUGACAUUGUCUGGGGAAAGGUUUGGCCAGAGCUGCCCAAUGUAAAUGUGGAUGAAUCCCUUGACCAUGAAACUCAGGUCAAGAUGUACAGGGCCCACGUUGCUUUCCCUGACUUCUUUCGUAACAGCACAGCUGCAUGGUGGAAGAAAGAGAUAAACGAGCUCUAUGCUAACCCCAGAGAGCCAGGGAAGAGCUUGAAGUUUGAUGGACUGUCGAUCGAUAUGAAUGAGCCAUCAAACUUUGUGGAUGGAUCUGUUGGGGGCUGCCGCAGUGAAGUUCUUAAUAACCCACCCUAUAUGCCAGAUUUGGAAUCUAGGGACAAAGGCCUGAGCAGUAAGACCCUGUGCAUGGAGAGUGAGCAGAUCCUGCCAGAUGGCUCCCGGGUGCGACACUAUGACGUACACAGCCUGUACGGGUGGUCCCAGACCAGACCGACAUAUGAAGCUGUGCAGGAAGUGACUGGACAGCGAGGGACUGUCAUCACCCGCUCCACAUUCCCCUCCUCUGGCCGCUGGGGAGGACACUGGCUGGGAGACAACACUGCUGAGUGGGACCAGCUGGGGAAAUCUAUCAUUGGCAUGAUGGAGUUCAGUCUCUUUGGAAUAUCUUAUACAGGAGCAGAUAUCUGUGGCUUCUCUGGAGAUGCUGAGUAUGAGAUGUGUAUUCGCUGGAUGCAGCUGGGAGCCUUCUACCCCUUCUCCAGGAACCACAACACCAAAGGGACAAGGAGACAAGAUCCUGUGGCCUGGAAUUCAACCUUUGAGAACUUCUCAAGGAAAGCCCUGCAGCUCAGAUAUACCCUGCUGCCCUACCUCUACACUCUGAUGCAUAAAGCUCACACAGAGGGCAGAACCGUCAUCCGACCCCUUUUCCAUGAGUUUACAGAUGACAAGACAACGUGGGAUAUAGACCGUCAGUUUAUGUUGGGACCUGCCAUCUUGAUCAGCCCUGUGCUGGAAAGUAACACAUUUGAGAUCAGUGCUUAUUUUCCCAGAGCCCAGUGGUAUGACCAUAGCACGGAAUCUGCCUACAGAUCCACAGGUGAGUUGGUAAUACUGAAGGCUCCCCUAGACCACAUCAACCUUCAUGUCAGAGGAGGCUACAUCCUGCCUUGGCAAGAGCCUGCCAUUAACACUUACUACAGUCGACAAUGUUUUAUGGGGUUAACUGUUGCUUUGGAUGAUGAUGGGAAGGCUGAAGGUCAACUGUUCUGGGAUGAUGGACAAAGCAUUGACACCUAUGAAAAUGGAAACUAUUUCUUGGCAAACUUUAUUGCAGCUCAGAACACCUUGAAAAUUCAGGUCAUACACAAUAAGUAUUUGAGCGACUCAAAUUCAUUGAAAGUUGGAUAUAUUAAAAUCUGGGGAGUGAACUCUACUUAUGUGACACAAGUCGGUUUCAUAUAUGACAACUGGGAAUUCAUGACGACCAAUUUCAAGAGUGACCCUUAUACUCAGACACUAACUAUUCAGUUGACUGACAAGAGUGUUAGUCUGGAAAAAUUAACUGAGGUAUUCUGGAUUCAUGGGAAUCCUUCCUUUACUACUCCACCUGUGACAAGUGCCUUCCCCAUGAGUCCUGAGCCUUCUACAUCUUCUACAACAGCUGUUGGUACUGAGAUUCUCACUAGCUCUGCUAGUGCAAGUCCUACUGCUGGCACUAGUACUACUAAUGUCAUCACUGCCACCAGUGCUCCUUUCACCACCAGUAUUGCCACUGACACUAGUGCCACUGUCCCUGUCCCCACCACUCCUUUCACCACAGGUACUACUAAUGUCACCACUGCCACCAAUGCUCCUUUUACCACCAGUAGUUCCACUGACACCAGUGUCACUCUCCCUGUCCCAACCACUCCUUUUACCAUAGGCACUACUAAUGUCACCACUGCCACAAAUGCUCCUUUUACCACCAGUAGUGCCACUGACACUAGUCCCACUGUCCCUGUCCCAACCACUCCUUUCACCACAGGCACUACUAAUGUCACCAUUGCCACCAAUGCUUCCUUCACCACCAGUAUUGCCACUGACACUAGUGGCACUGUCCCUGUCCCCACCACUCCUUUCACCAUAGGCACUACUAAUGUCACCACUGCCACCAAUACUCCUUUUACCACCAGUAGUGCCACUGACACCAGUGUCACUCUCCCUGUCCCAACAACUCCUUUUACCAUAGGCACUACUAAUGUCACCACUGCCACCAGUGCUCCUAUUACCACCAGUUUUGUCACUAACACCAAUGCCACUGUCCCUGUCUCCACCACUCUUUUUACCAUGGGAACUACCAAUGUCACCAUUGCCACCAGUGCUUCCUUCACCACCAGUAUUGUCACUGACACUAGUCCCACUGUCCUCAUCCCAACGACUCCUUUCACCACGGGCACUACUAAUGUCACCACUGCCACCAAUGCUUCCUUCACCAUGAGUAUUGCCACUGACACCAGUGCCCCUGUCCCUGUCCCCACCACUCCUUUCACCACAGGCACUACUAAUGUCACCACUGCCACCAAUGCUUCCUUCACCACGAGAAUUGUCACUGACACCAGUGCCCCUGUCCCUGUCCCCACCACUCCUUUCACCAUAGCCACUACUAAUGUCACCUCUGCCACCAGUGCUCCUUUCAGUAAUGCCACUGACACCACUGCCCCUGUCCCUGUCCCCACCACUGCUUUUACCAUGGGAACUACCAAUGUCACCACUGCCACCAAUGCUUCCUUCACCACGAGUAUUUUCACUGACACCAGUGUCACUGUCCCUGAACCAACCACUCCUUUCACCAUAGGCACUACUAAUGCCACCACUGCCACCAAUGCUCCUUUUACCACCAGUAGUGCCACUGUCACCAAUGCCACUGUCUCUGUCCCAACUACUCCUUUUACCAUAGGCACUACUAAUGUCACCACUGCCACCAAUGCUUCCUUCACCAUAAGUAUUGCCACUGACACCAGUGCCACCGUCCCUGUAUCCACCACUCCUUUCACCACAGGCAAUACUAAUGUCACCAUUGCCACCAAUGCUCCUUUUACCACGAGUAUUGCUACUGACACUAGUCCCACUGUCCCUGUCCCAACUCUUUUUACCAUAGUCACUAAUGUCACCACUGCUACCAAUGCUUCCUUCACCACGAAUAUUGUCACUGACACCAAUGUCACUGUCCCUGUCCCAACCACUUCUUUCACCAUAGGCACUAUUAAUGCCACCAGUGCUCCUUUUACCACCAGUAGUGCCACUGUCACCAGUGUCACUGUCUCUGUCCCAACUACUACUUUUACCAUAGGCACUACUAAUGUCACCACUGCCACCAAUGCUUCCUUCACCACGAGUAUUGUCACUGAUACCAGUGCCCCUGUGUCUGUCCAAGCCACUUUCCCCAUAAGCACUGUUGGUGCUACAGCAAACACAGCUGCUCAGGAUACAGCUCGUCCUCCUGGUGCCACUGCUGCCAGCCCGAGUGAUGUGGUGCCUCCUGCAGCCGUGGCCUCCCCGGCCAGUACUGCUGCUGCUGAAACCAGUACUGAGUUACUGGCCUCAUCUACCUCCCCCCUAACCAGUACCAGUCAUGUGGGCAGGAGCACUGUGGUUCCUCCUGGCGCCACCCCUUCCCCUCCUGGCGCCACCCCUUCCCCUGCAACCCCUCCCACAUCCAAUGCUGGUGCUAGUGCUUCUCUGGUGACCACCUCCUCUCGUGCCAAUAAGGAUGAUACCAGUCCUCACCAUGGACUUCCAGUUGCGUCCACUCCUCUCACACACACUGGUGCUGAUUCCAUGAGCAAUAGCUUUCCUCUUUUGACUCCUUCUUUCUCUGAAAAUAGUACUGAUGCUUUGAACACCACUGUUGUUACGGGAACUACACCUGUAGGUAGGAAGGUUGCUGGCACUGGCAGUGAGUCUCCUGUUACACAUCCUUUUCCCUCUACUGUGCCUGGUGGUUUCAACAGUGGUAAGACUCUUCCUGAAGUGAGUACUCUUUCUACAAAUACUGUUGCUUCUAGUCAUCUUCUUUCUGUUUCGACUUUCUCCCCAGAAGGAACAACUGCCACCUCUCUUAAUCCCCCUGAUACUGCAGUGCCACCAUCUUCAGACCUGGGCCCGGGAACCUCCCCUGUCACAACAAACUUAGCAAAUAGCCCCGCUACAGAGGGUACAACCUCUGGCACCACAGAUACCACUUUUGAUGUAGCAACUGCUACUGACACACAACCAUCUAGUACCCAAGACUCAAGUUCCUUCUCCCCUACCCCUGCAAAGGUUAGAACUGCCUCCUCUGAAAUCACAGAGUUCACUGCUCCUGGCUCUGCUGUUACUGUGACACCAGUCUUAAGUCACACAACAUUAAUCCCCACUCAUGUUCCUAAUCAAGGCACCAUUGAUACUUCUACCACAAGCACUACAGCCAUGACUGUGGUUUCACUUACUACAAAUGCUACACAUCUCACCACUGCAGGAAACACAAAUGCAGCCAGAGGAGUCGCCGUGGUUACUAUGUCUGCCAAUGACACUUCUGUAAAAACUACAGACCAAGGCAUGUCAGCUCUGCCUCCUAUAGGUGACCCUGGUGCCACCAGAGAUGAUGAAUCUCUGAUAGAACAUACCAGAAAAGUCACUGCUACUCAUCCUCAAAAUAGCCCCACUCAUGCUUUAAAUACCACUUCCACAGGCACUGGGGAUACUUGA